GGGGAUCCUUGCGUCAUUUGGAUGUAAUAUAGAAUUUUCCCCGGCAUGCAACUUACUACUUCCUUUCCGAAGAAAAUUCUCUAACCAUUUGGGUGGUGUGACUACGUUUCGUGUCAAAAAAGACUUAAAAAAUGCGUUACGUAGCAGCCUACUUGCUUGCAGCUCUUGGAGGCAAUAACAGCCCCUCUGCUGAUGACAUGAAGAAGAUCAUUGGAUCAGUAGGAAUUGACUGUGAAGCCGAUAAAAUCAAGAAAGUCAUGGAUGAACUUAAAGGAAAAAACAUUGAAGAACUCAUCACCAAAGGUCAAGAGAAACUUGCAUCUGUCCCAGCAGGUGGAGCAGUGGCUGCCGGUGCCUCAGCUGCUGGAGGGGCACCUGCUGCUGAUGCAAAACAAGAAAAGAAAGAAGAGAAGAAGCCCGAGCCGGAAUCAGAAUCUGAUGAUGACAUGGGAUUUGGUCUCUUUGAUUAAGAAAAAGACUAUUGUGUCUUUACAAAUAAACCAUUAUAAAAUGUG